AUAAAUAGCACCACUACAAGAGAGGUUACCACAAGGCAGAACCAAAUACUUACACAUUUAGUUAUAAGAUGGCUCAAGUUGCGAAGAUUGAUGUGGCACAAACUGUGAAAAUGGGAGAAAAACUCCCUCCUGUUGCUGACUUGAAGCAGCAGAUGGAUGUUGUGCCUGCUAAGGAUCUCACUUAUGCAAACCCUCAAUCAUGGAAAUUCCAUGGUGAAACUGCUGAAUUUGUGGGAAAAGGCGAUCCAACGGUCCAUGGAACUUAUGAUGUGAAAAAACUUGACAAAGGACUGGUGUACGAGGUGUAUUUUUAUGUGACUAUGAAAGACAAUCAGGUGACAAGUCCAGUGAAACUAAUCUUGGAGCUUCCAAAUGGAACCAAGCAAGAGAAGACUGAACAAAUAACACUAGAUCCACUUGUCUGGAAAGCAGUAUCAGUUGGGAAAUUCUUGAACCUGUUUCAAACUGGAGACAUCAAAUUCACAUUCUCCGGUGUCACUGGUGAUACCUGGAAGGGUAUGCUCCUCGAAUGCGUCCUGAUUAGCCCUUCCUUUUGAAUCCACCAACAAAAAUAAAUAAUCUGCUUAACAGCCAACAAAUUAACUUCUAUGCUUAGAUGGUUGUUAGGUAGUUGAUUAAUAUAUGCACUUAUGUAAUAAAACGACUACCACUGGUUGGUAGCUGCCUAGCUUGUCAUACUAUCAAGUUGAUUAAUGGGCAAAAUUAUGCACUACUACUUA